AUGGUGACGAUGCUGCCUCCUCCUCCUCCCGCUACACUACUGACCCCGGAUCCUUCCGCCUCCCCUGACGGUCUGGAGCGUGCUCUUUCUGCGAUGACCCGGCUGCGAGAGGACCUUCAAGGCACCGACCGUCACCUGGUAGCCGGGCCCCUGGAGCUAGUCUCUAGCUGGCUUCAUUCCAACAUGUCCGUUCGGGCGGCGCUGAGCCAGGCCGCAGCGAACUCCGAGGAGGACAAGGAGGCCGCCGCCCAAGCCGCGGCUACUCGCGAGGUGGCGCUGAAGGAUGCCGAGGCCGCCCAGGAUCACUGUCGGUCGAUGGAGGCCGAGCUGGAGACCAUGUGCAGGGAGCGUGCAUACGAAGCUCGAGGCCGCAAGACAGAGGAGGAGAAGAUGAAGGCCCGAGAAGACGCCGUCAGGGGUCGCGACGCCGAGCUGGAGCAAUUGGCGAAGGCGCAGGCCAUGGAGUGCAGCCGGCUGCAGGAGCUGGAGCAGAAGAUCAAGGCGGAGAAGGCUGACCUGGAAGCCAAGGCGAAGGUCUUGGCCGAGGACCGCGUGGCCUUCAAGUCCCUUGAGGAGAGGUCUCGCACGACGCUGCGGUCACUCUACGAGAAGGGCUUUGAGGAGCUGCUGGCUACCAAUGACGAGGGCCCCACCCAGCUGCUUCCUUAUCUGGUCGUGGCGCUUGAGGAAGUCCUGCUGGAGCCUGUGGACGCCGAGCACUGCGCAGCUGCUGCCGAAGCCGUGAAGGGUCAGGUGGAGGCCCUGAUGAAGAAGUUCCGCGCCUUCAAUCCCGCGCCCUCAACUGGCGGUGCUGCCGAUCCUGCAACUCCGGCGGUUGGUGCUGUGGAAGAAGCAUCCCUUGCGGGCGACGACGGCAUCCGGGGAUGA